AUGGAUCUUGAAGGUAUUUUAAAUCGUUUUGAAGAUACAGACGAUGCAACAUUCAAAGAACAUUCUUUGCUUAUAUCCAAAGGUAUUCGAGAGAGUAAAAUAACUAUUCUUGACCUAAUUGAAAGACUAGAAAUCCUAUUAACAGAUAAAUCAGUGUAUAAAAGAGAAUUGGGAGUCUUAAUAUUAAAUGACGUUUUAAAAGGUAUUCCAAUAGAUUCUUUGUGUUCAAAAGAGUUAGAAAUUUUAGCAGAGUUUUAUAGUACCAAAUUAAAGGACCACCAUCAGAUAUUACCAGGUGCUUGCACUGGAAUUUUGACCUUAAUAGGAUUUGAACAUUUUCCUGGACACAGAAUAUCAGUUAUAUUAAAUGCUAUUUUCCAAAAUGUACCUUGCCAGCAACAACAACAAGCUGAUAGAUACACAAUUUUCCAAAUUUUCGAGACAUCCUUAAAAUUAUUCAAGCAAGACAUUCUGAAUAUGAAACUAGACUUCGUUUAUGGUGUUUUACAAGCUAUACAAGGUGAAAGGAAUCCUAUAAAUUUAUUGUUUUUAUUCAAAUGGUUAAAAGAGUUUCUCAUGGAUAUUCCAUUGCAUCAUUUGACGGAAGAUAUGUUUGAUGUCCUGGCUUGUUAUUUUCCUGUCGAUUUUAGGGCUCCAUCAAAUGAAAAUAGUAUAACAAGAGAAGAUUUGGCAGAUGCUUUGUGUCCAUGUUUGUGUGCCAGUCCAGAUUUUGGGGAAUCUUGCAUUUCUUUGGCUCUGGAAAAAUUGGAUUCUUCUUUAGAAAUUGCCAAACUGGAUAGUUUAAAGUUGUUGAGAGAAGGUUGUUCAACGUUCGAUUCUUCAAUCUACUUGGAAAACUCUUCCAAAAUAUGGCCGUUGAUCCAAAAAGAAAUUUUAACGACAACUUCACCGCAAACAAAAACCGAAAGUCUCAAAACCCUCCAAACAAUCGUCUCCAAAAUAACCAACAACUCAACUCUGGUCCAUCUAAAAAACAUCGUCGAUACCAUCAAAGGAAAUCUACUUCCAGAUUCAAAAUUGUUCAACAUAUCAGCAGAAAUUUUGGUUUGCAUCGCAGCCGGAUCUCAGCUAACAUGCGGAUUUAUUAUGAAGGAAGUCGUACCAACUUUAAUUAAUGUUUACAAGAUGUCUGCAUAUAACGAUCAUAAAUCCGUCAUUGUUAACACUUUGGUGCAUUUAGUUAGGGCGCAUUUGAAUUUUAAGAAGAGCUUACAGGACGAGGAGGUAGCCGAGUUAUCGGACAUCCCUUUAUUGUGUUUGGAAUUACUUAAUGUUGACGGAGAAGGUUCUAAGAAGAUCGGUUUGGAUUGUUUGGUGGUUUUGGUGCCAUAUUUGACUUUACAAAUGAGAGAAACAUUGUAUACGAACCUUCGGAAUAUAAUGUUCACGCCUGUCAACGAAAACACUUUACAAUCUUUUAUGCAAUGUCUAAAAACUAUUGCUGCUUAUUAUCCAGAUGAAGUAAAAAAUAAAAUUUUCAACAUCAAACCACAAUUAUCCUUGUUGGAGCCAUUUUUAAAAUCUAAAGCACAUUUAAUAACCUUAGACAAUUUCAAAGACUAUGUUAUCGAAGAUUACUUGGAAGGCAUUAGAAAUAUCGAAUAUUCCGGAAUUACCGUUCGGAAUUUGAGGUAUUUGGUAGUGCAGCAACAAACAAAUUAUCAAUUAUUUAAAUACUUAAUAGACAAAAAUGUACUUAACGUCGUUAUAGAGCUAGUUCUUAAUAAUAGCAUUAAAGAUAUGUCAAUACUAACAGACGUAUCAGUAAUUAUGACUACUUUAAUAGCCCCUCAAUCUUACGAAUACCAAAUUGAGGUGCUUAAAAAGUAUUACAGGGUUAUUUUCGAGCAUGUUGAUACUGAAGAAUUUAAUCUCGUACUCGGAUAUGGAUUACUAGUGGCUUUGAGACGAGACGUACCAAUAGACGAUGGGAUAUGUCACGUAGUGUUCAAAUUGGCAGUUAAAAGUGACAAUCGCUUUGUAAUUGACUUCGCUGUCGAAUUAUUAGGUAAUUUGGUCAACAAACACGGCGAUGAUGAAAAUUUUAUUAAAUUUUUGGAAAUUGUUCUUUCUCAAUACGAUCAAGAUGCUGCUUUUUGCGAGAAACAUGCUAAGCUGGCGUAUUUCAUAACAAAGGGAUUAAUUUUAAGGAAUCAUACCGAAGCUAAUAAAUGGUUAAAUCUGUUAGUAAAAUUAAUAGGUCGUUAUCCGGCUUUUAUAAAAGAUGGUAUAAAAAUAAUAUUGGAUGAAGAUUAUGUGGCUUUUAGUGAAACCUUCCAUUGUCGAAAAGUUGUGCUUUAUAAACAACGAACUUUUAAUAUCAUGGUAGACAAAAUAAUUGAUGAAUAUAAUAAAGUUGAUAAUGAAGAGGGUAAAAAGUUUCUUCUAAGUGGAUUAGCCUAUUUAUGUGAAUAUGUCUCGUUACAAGCCAUUUUAUUUAAAUUUAAAAAGAUUGCACCAUAUUUAAUGCUGUGUUUAGAACAAAAUGAUACACCAGACGCGUUAUGUGCUGUUUCAACGCUUUUAAGAAAAGUUUGCACCCAAGAUAGCGACUAUUUGAAACCAUAUUUUAAUGAAUUCAUUACUAGGAUAUUGAAUCUAACUACUUACAAAUUAAUGGACGUACGAAUAGAAUGCCUUAAAUGCCUGACUUUAUUCGUCACCGUCUAUCCCGAUUCAGUUUUAUUCCAGCACAAAUCCGGAGUGCUGAAAAAGCUUGCCGAGUGUGUGGACGACAAAAAACGGUUAGUCAGAAGAGAAGCCAUGGAAGCAAGAGCUUUAUGGUCUAUGUUAGGCGAACUUGUAUGA